UAACCGGUAAUCCCGGUAAACGACAAAGCAUUUAAAAGGAUCAAAAGCGGAGAGAGAGAGCGCACCAAAGUAGUAACAGAAUCUAAAAAAUCGAAAAGCAAAAAAAAAAAGAGAGGAGAGAGAGAUAGAGAGAGGCGCAGUCACCGGAAAAUGCUGACGUGUAUAGCUCGUCCGAAGAAAGCCGGCGAAGACUCACCGGGUCAACCCGACGAUCCGGACUCCAAGAACAUCAAAUCCCUAACAUCUCAGCUGAAGGACAUGGCGUUGAAGGCGUCUGGUGCGUACCGGCAUUGCACGCCGUGCACGGCGGGUCAAGGCCGGAUCAGGAACCCGACCUGGUCGGAUACCGAUUCGGACCGGUUUAGGAUGUCGUACCGGCGCACGAACAGCUCCUCGAGUUCGUCGGCGACGGCGUCGACUCCUAGGGUUUGGGGGAAGGAGAUGGAGGCGAGGCUGAAGGGGAUAUCGAGCGGCGAAGCGACUCCGAAAUCGGCGAGUGGACGGAAUCGGCUCGACCCGAUCGUGUUCGUGGAGGAGAAAGAGCCCAAGGAAUGGGUCGCUCAGGUCGAGCCUGGUGUGCUCAUCACCUUCGUUUCUCUUCCCGGCGGAGGAAACGAUCUCAAGCGAAUCCGUUUCAGCCGAGACAUGUUCAACAAACUGCAAGCUCAACGAUGGUGGGCAGAUAACUAUGACAAAGUCAUGGAACUCUACAAUGUUAAAAGACUAAACCGCCAAGCUUGCCCGCUUCCCGCGCCACCGAGGUCUGAAGACGAGAACGCAAAACUGGAGUACACAGAAGAAAGUCCUGCAACACCACCAUUAAACGGAGAGCGGCUGCCUCGUAACAUGCAUCAUCCGACAGGGUUCGCUUACUCAUCUUCAGAUUCACUUGAUCAUAAUCCAAUGCAAGGCCGCCACUUUUAUGACUCUGGUGGACUUAACUCAACUCCUAAACUUUCCAGCAUUAGUGGCGCCAAGAUGGAGACAUCUUCCAUGGAUGCAUCCAUCAGAAGCAGCUCGUCAAGAGAGGCAGAUCGGUCGGAGGAUAUGUCAAUAAGCAAUGCCAGUGAUCUUGAAAAUGAAUGGGUGGAGCAAGAUGAACCGGGUGUCUAUAUUACAAUUAGAUCUUUACCGGGAGGUAAAAAAGAGCUCAGACGAGUCAGAUUCAGCCGAGAAAGAUUCGGGGAGGUGCAUGCGAGACUCUGGUGGGAAGAGAACCGAGCAAGGAUACAUGAACUAUACUUGUGAUCAUCAUCUGAAGUGAAUGGAUAUGUGAAAGCUCGUUUUUGGCAUCAGCCUUUGGUGGUAUACGUUUUUCUGCUAAAGCUCCCUCCCAUCUCUUCAUGAACAAGAACUCCUUGCGCCUGAAAAAGAAAUCUCGCAAAUCAAUGUGGAUAUAUAUAUAUAUAU